AUGAGAAAGAAAGUGCAAGGCUGGAAAUCUAGCUCUCUCUAUUUAGCCGGAAAAGAUGUCCUCAUUAAAGAUGUGGCUAUGGCAAUUCCUGCCUAUCCAAUGAUGUGUUUUAAAUUCCCUGCUAGCUUGUGCAAAGAAAUCAACACUGAUAUUGCUAGAUUUUGGUGGGCAAAUCAAGAAAAGGAUUCCGGACUUCAACCUUGCCUUACUUGGAAAACAGUGCUGGGAGUGGAUUUUUGGAAAGCUAAAAAGGGCCAUCGUGGCUCCUGGGUUUGGGCAAGUCUUAUUACAGGCAGUGUCAUUCAUCCUACAAGUUCUGUCACUGCGAAUUUACCCCAGUUGGUGGCAGAUAUUAUGGACAAAGACUCCUGA